UCUCUCACUCUCUCGCUCUCAUUAUGUCACAGUAAUGUAGUGUGACAGGUUAAUCCAAUCACUCCUCUCUCACUCCGGCAUGCCUUAUCCUCUACCACCCGGUCUCUCUCGCUCAUUUUCUUACUCACUCCAUCCCUGCCUGUGCAGCAACCGGACCCCCAUCACCAAGUGUCAGUGAAGCUGCUGCAAGACCCUGUGACAAUGGCUGCUACCGGAACGUUCCGUAUGGUGUCGGAGGAGGAGCAGGCCAUGAGGUCCAAGCUGGAGCAUCUGACUGUGAAGGACCACGGGCCUGUGUUUGGACCCUGUCCCAAACUGCCUGUACACACAAUACAGAAGGCGAAGGAUGAACUCAACGAGACGGAGGAAAGGCGAGUGUCAUCUCUGAAGGAGCUUAGGGCCAUGAUGAAAGAAAAGGCGAGAGAUGGGGAUGACCUGGCUAAGACGGUGCAGGAGCGCUUCGGGGACAAACCCGACUCCCUGCUGCUGCGCUUCAUCAGAGCCCGCAAGUUUGACGUGGCCAGAGCCCACGAGCUCCUGAAGGGUUAUGUGCGCUUUAGGAGGGACUACCCUGAGCUGUUUGAGAACCUGACCCCCGAGGCYGUCCGCAGCACCAUUGAGGCAGGCUACCCUGUGGUCCUGCCCAGCAGGGACAAGUACGGCCGUGUAGUGCUCCUCUUCAACAUCGAGAACUGGGACCUGGAGGAGGUCACCUUUGAUGAGACCCUGCGAGCAUACUGUGUGAUCCUGGAGAAGUUGUUGGAGAAUGAGGAGACCCAGAUCAAUGGUUUUGUACUGAUUGAGAACUUUAAGGGUUUCACCAUGCAGCACGCCUCUGGCAUCAAACCCACUGAGCUCAAGAAGAUGGUGGACAUGAUGCAGGACUCGUUCCCGGCCCGUUUCAAGGCAAUCCAUGUGACCCACCAGCCCUGGUACUUCACCACCACUUACAACGUGGUCAAACCAUUCAUGAAGAGCAAGCUGCUGGAGAGGGUCUUUGUUCACGGUGAUGAGUUGGAUGGCUACCUGAAUGAUUUUGACGCUGACAUCCUGCCUGCAGACUUCGACGGGAAAGCCCCCAUCACUGACUGCAAGGCCAUCGCUACCAAACUGUUUGGGUCUGAGGACACAGCGCUCUAACACCAUACUGUCACAUUACGAAGCAAGGCUGGAACAGACCGGGGUCCAGUCCAAAACGAACAGCUAGCACCUAACCCUGGACACUUGAUGCUCCCUCAGAUCAGUGAGGCAGAAUAGGUGGGGGUGAAAUUUCUACCAUGUUGCCUACAGGGGUAUUCAGUUCGAUCAGCUCUUCAAGUGGGCAUCAAGAUGAGUGUCUUGAGUUUAGGGGCUAGUGGUUGAUUUGCGACUGGGCAAUAGGAACACAAGCGAGAAAGAAUAAGAAUGUUGAAUAGAGGACAUGGAUAGUAAAAGUACAUCAUAUGAAUUUUUUUUUUACAGCACAGAGAAGUGUAGCUCCUCCAUAUACAGAAGUUAACUUUUGAAUAUGCACAGGGAACAAGACGGCCCCCUACUGUAUGUAAGAGCACAGAGAAUGGCAUUUGGUGAUGAGAUGACCCAACAACUUAUUACUGUAGUCUGAUGUGAAUUUGGUGUUCAUUGCCUUAAAGGUUACUUUCACUGUGACUUUACUAGAGGAGCCUAUUGCCUAGCCUGAGACUGCUAAAAAAAACAUAUAGGAUAUAUAUAGAAUUUAGUAAUAGAAGAAUGAUAAUAACAUAUUUCAGUUAAGCUAGUUGACUAUGAAGAACAUUAAGAAUACGAUAGAUGGUCUAUGAAAAAAUUAUAUGAAAAUAUGUACAUUCCUUAACAUAGUGGCAUUGCUUAACUCCCCUAUUCACAUUACAUUUUGUGUAUACCGAAGUGUCUAUAUACUAUGGGAACUCCUAUGGUGUGCUUAGCUAGGAUUGCAGAGAGAGUAUAGUAGACGGUUGAUGUCAAAAAGUGAUUGACAGGGUGUUUGACCUUUUAAGGACAUCCUGUCCGGAUGUUCUCAUGUUGUUUAGUGUGCGCUUAUGUAACUUGAUACUGCAGCUGUUUCUUUUGAAGUAAAGCACGUUUGAAAUAAAAAAGUUAUGGGCUGGUGA